GUAUUCCUGUGUUUAUAGGUUAGAAAAGUACUUUUGAUAGAAAUAUGAAUAAAUACGCAAAAUAUUCGGAUUUAAUGAAGCAGACUACAGAAUACGCUCGUCGCAUGAACCGUUUAAGUAAUAGAAUAUUUGGGGAGGUAGCGCGUCCCACAAAUCCAACGUCUAUGCGGGUGGUAAACUUAUUAAGUCAAAAACCUCUCAAUUUGGAUAGGGAAAUAACGCAUUAUUACCCUAGACAUGUAGAAACAGGAAAGUUGAUGUUGAAAUUGCGGUACUAUGGUCUUUUUAGAGACGAGCAUGCUGAUUUUGCAGACGAAAUGAAGCGAAUGCGCGAAUUAAGAGGCAAAUAUAGAAAUACCAGAAAACCUAGGAAACAGCAGACGGAAGACACAGAACAAGUGUAAUUUAUUUUGUUUAGCCAC